CCUACUUACCACAUAACCACAAAAUUGAAGAAAAAUGGAAAGCAGCGAAAGAUUUCUCGUAAGCGGUUGGGAUGAUGACCUAAACGACAUCGACGAAGAGCAGCAUCCCCACGAAACCCCCGAGAAGGAAAUCCUGUGGGCCUCCGAAAAAGGCAAGUUGGACGUGGUGCAGCGCCUGCUCGACUCCGACCGUAACCUUGUCCACGUCACCGACUCCGACGGUUACACUCCAUUACAUCGCGCCUGCUACAGCGAUCACGUCGAGAUCGUCUCGUUCCUCCUGGCGAACGGCGCCUCGGUCUCGGCGGUUACGCAAAUGAAAUGGCAACCUCUGCACUCGGCGUGCCAGUGGAACAACGUUAACUGCGCCGUUCGUUUGCUACAGCACGGUGCGGAUAUCAACGCCGUUACCGAAGGAGGUCAAACCCCGCUACACAUCGCCGCCUCGCACGGUGCCUCGUACAAAACUAUCGAACUGCUCCUGAUGCAUCCCUACAUCAAGCCCGAAAUGAAGAACAACGGAAACGAAACUGCUUACGAUAUUGCAAAACGUAGCUCUAAGUAUUAUCACAUUUUUGAUAUGGCACUCCCCGCUUUGGGAGGUAUUCACGUUUAAUUAACAAGUGUAUUCGACUAUCAAUUUAAUAGUAACGUGAUUUUAAUACAUGCAGUUACUA